GUUUGGCCCUACAUCCAAAUAACGAGAUUGUUGCCAGCGGUCAAGUAGCAGGACUUGCUAAAAAGGAGGGAAAGGUAGAGCCCAGUGACAUGUUGUUUUUUUUCCAAUUAAAUGUUUGAGAUUCAUUUAAUAAGUCUGUCUAUCUAUCAUUACCACAUGUAGCCUCAUAUUCGUAUCUGGAACGUCACGUCUUUACAAACCCUGAAAGUGGUUGGUUUGGGAUCGUUUCAAAGAGGAAUAUGUUGUGUUGCAUUUUCCGUUGAAGUAAGUCACCCAAUUUAGCGCGCAGUUGAGAUUAACAUUUCUAUAGCGCAAAUUUGCAUGCAGUGGAUAUGAUGCGCGUUACAUCAAGUAUUAUACAUCAAAGUAUUAUAUGAAAGUAUUACAUCGAAGUAUUAUACAAAAAAGUAUUACAUCAAAGUAUUACAUCAAAGUAUUACAUCAAAGUAUUAUAUGAAAGUAUUACAUCAAAGUAUUAAGCCCGUUCUCCACUAGGCGAAUUUGUUCGCGCGACGCGAAGCGAAAAACAAAUCUUGGCAAUGUGACUGGUCAGCGAAAAAGUAGGAUCAGUUCCUACUUUUUUACUGUUCGCGCGAACAAAUUCGCCUAGUGGAGAACGGACUUUAUACAGGGUUCGUACGCCCCCUGGAAAUCCUGGAAAACCCUGGAUUUUUAUUUUAGUCCUGAAACACCCUUGAAAAUCCUGGAAUUUCAAAAUUUAUCCCUGGAAAACCCUGGAAAACUGGGAAACUGAGCUGGGUAUAGGAUCAUACCUAAACUAUUUAAGACUAUCUUAAAAAGAAAGAUUGAACAAAAGGUUCUUGCAUUAUAUAUCGUCAAACUAUGAAUAUAUUUCUUUCAAACUGGUACAAACCCAAAAGUAUCUGUGCAAGAUGAAGUACUAGCCGUCGCGAACGUUUCUUAUCCGUUAAACACUUAUAGAUUUAUAUUUCAAAUGCCCCUGGAAAACCCCUGGAAAAAGGAUGAAAAAAGUCCUAGAAAACCCUGGAUUUUUUAAAUUAUGAACGUGUACUGUACGAACCCUGGUUAUACAAAAAAGUAUUAAUUAUAUCAGUCUGUUCUUGCACGCCGUCAGUCUGUUCUUGUCUUCAUCUGGGUUGAGCGCAUCUUUUGCGCUUGUGUGCGGACAUCUUUUCACGCAGGUGACGCAACUUUAUUCAAGCUAAUUUCUGCGCAGUUUUCUACAUGAAGAGAUUUGUUAUAUUUCAGGAUGGUGGUGCACAUGUUGUGGGUGUUGAUGAUGGGAAUGACCACAAUCUAUCUGUCUGGGAAUGGGAAAACAAGAAGAAAGUAGCUGAAGCUAAAGUACGUUUGUUUUUCAAUUUUCAUAGUCCAGCAUUUUGAGAACGAAAAACAUGUUUACUAUUGCACAAAUAAAAACGCACAACUUGUCACUGUAGCAGACUUGUACCAUUGCUGUUUCAACUUGUUAUCAGGAUGUGUUUGCACUGCCUGUUCCCAGCUUGUUGACAACUUGCUACAAUGAGUUGUUAACUGAACUGGCUUGUUACAAGUUGGUCCAACAACUUAUUAACAAGUUUUAAGUAACUUGCUGAGAUGCAGCGAGUUGCUGAAAUGACAACAUUGUCAUAACUUGUUGACAAGCUUGCUACAAGCCCAUUGUGAACACAACUUGUCAACAGAAUGUGAGAUUUAAAGUGUGUACGUAGUUAAAGCAAUAUUUUGGUUUUAUCUUCCUUAGGGAGGCAAUGAGCCAGUGUUGGCGGUAGAUUUUCACCCUAGUGAUUCAAAGCGUCUGGUCACAUGUGGCAAGUCUCACAUUGCAUUCUGGAAACUGAACGGAGAGAAGAAAAUUGAGAAGAAGAUGGGCGUUUUUGAGGUAGAAUGAAACUAAGUUCUAUGAUUCGAUUCCAUUCGUUCACACAAAAAUUCAUACAUUUAGCUGUCAGUGUGCGAUAAAUCGAGAUAUUUAGUUGUACCUAACUGGUACUGUACUUCAAUGAUUAUUGCCGCGUACUUUAGCUGCAAACGAGACUAAUAAGACUCAAGGUGUACUUAGUCUUUUAGCUAAAGUACAUCAAGCAAGGGUAUUCAUUCGGUAACCUGGAAAUAUGAGUUAGAACAAGACGGAGCACAAUUCAACCGCCCCCAAUAAUUUCAGAAAGUCUUUGAAUAACAAGGCUGUGUAUCAAGGCUAUAACACUCAGCUAUAUAUUACAUGAAGUUUAAAGCCAAAAAGUUUAAAGAACUAAAAUAAUUCGCGAGGUGUCAACACAUACAGUUGACCAGGGUCCAGGGGUGGAAAAAAUAGGCGAGCACUGCUCACUGGAAGUGUUAAACAGCUGCAGGAAAUUCGUUUGAAUGAAGAUUUACUAUUGAAAAGUUGAAGGAAACCUUAACACCCUUUCCCCACUACGCGCGCAACUUGACAGACAUUCAGCUAGAACACUAUAUGUUUAUUCACAUGCAGAUUUAGCACAAAAAUACUCCGUUGGUCACAGGAAAUUUUUGUCUCCAGGUUAUGCUCUCAGGAAGAAAAUUCUUCCUACCCUGCAGUUGAUCCCAACAUUCCUGGGUCCCAUCAGUCCAAUCAUGUUCGAUGCCAGUGUUAAACAUAUAGCUACUUAAUUAUAGCCUGCGUGGCAGGCGUUCUUUUUUACGGGCAGCGAAAAUUAGGGAGGCAAAGGAUUUUCGCUGCCCGUAAAAAACCCGCCUGCCACGCAGGCUACUUAAUUACGGUUUUGAAUACUUUGAGACGUUCUCUGAUCAAAUGGUUACCAGCAAGAUGUAAGUAUGCAGAUAUCGCGUACCUGGUAUAUACAUGGUAGAAAUAACAGAAAGUAAUUCUGGCGUACCUCUGGGACUCCGGUUAUAGCGUCUCGUCUUUCAACACAUCGUUGUUUCGCCUAUAGUAAACUCCUCGUGUACGAUACAUAGUGUAUAUACUACUUGCAUUGAUCACUGUUUUAGGACAUUGAUUUUGAGGCGUCAAUAUAUAUUCUCUAUUUUCUUUUCUAAGAAACAUGCGAAACCGAAAUACGUGUUGUGUUUUGCGUUCGGGCAGAAUGGUGAAGUGAUUUCUGGUGACUCGAAUGGGAAUAUCUUUAUUUGGGCAAACGGUAAGUUUGGUUUUGGUAAAAGUGAUACUGACUUCCAGUGCAACCUCCUACCCCCAAGAUUUUAUUAUCCAAGGCCGGUUUUUUAAUGUAAAUUGGGAAGGUGGGAAAUACAUAUUUAGGGGGUGCAACAGUCUGGGCUCUCUGUGUGGAAAACGAUCCUGUACCUUACGUUCAGCCAUGGUCUUACCGUUAGCGAGAUUGGGUGGAAGAGGAGAUGAAAGCCUAGCUCGUUUCUCACUGUGCUGAUGUUUUUAUAUGUUUGGUCUUAUAUCAUUAUUUUAAUCUUUUAGAGGGCAACCAAAUUAGUCAAGAAAUUACUGCUGUUCAUGAGGUAUUGUAUAAUUUAAGCCCAUUUUCCACUUGGAAUUGAAAUCAGAAUUGAAUAAUUGAUUAAAUAUCUGAUAUUUUCCAGCCAAAAGCGCAUUAGGCAAAGAAAUACUUAAUACUGUGCUGUUCCCGCAACAAAUUUCUAUAGUGAAAAACCUGGUUUAGGCUUGAUGAAAUCAUGGAUUAUAAAAUAAAUGGAUAGGAAACUAGCUGACGUGACCUAAUGUUUUCAAUGGGCUGAUGGCGUGAUUGGAUGUUGAAACCUAGUUGCAAACCAAAUUCUCAAAAACGGCAUGUUUAGCAAUAAUACAGCGAAACAUUUUAGUCAAAGAGCAAAUGAAUAUAACUACGCCAUUCUACGAUGAAAUCUCUAAGUAUUCCCAGUCAAUUUUAGCAAAUAUUUCAAGCACUAAACAGUGAAAACGGGAUCCCAAAUUUCGUUAAAAUUGGGGACGCCAAUUUCGUAGCUACAAAUGUAAAAAAAUACAAAACAAAGACGAAAAACAUUUACCUUGAUUACUUUGUCGUGGCUUAGGCAUGUUUUUAAAACAAUUAGACCAGUAUAUGCUUCAAUAUUACUCUUUUAAAGCGGAAAGUCUAGCGAAACAACAAAAAUGCCGAGAACUUUGCAAUACGCGUGACGUCACAGAUUGCAACUAGGUUGUUUUUGCUUACGUCAGCUAGAGUCCUAUCCAUUUAUUUUAUUAUCCAUGAUGAAAUCAUGCUAAAGAAAGUUUUAUAUUAUGAACGUUCUUUCUAGGGACCAAUUUUCUCAAUUGAAUCGUCUGCGGAUGGUAUGUUUCUAUCUGGCGGAGGCAAGGAUAGGAAAGUGUUCUUGUGGGACAGCAAUUACAACAAGUCCGAAAAACAACUUGAGGUAUAUUAUAUACUAGGUCUUAAGGGCACAGCCUUUUGAUUACUUUUAAGGCGCAUUACAACCAUUUUAAUUGAAAAAACUAACUAGGAAAAUCAAUUAAGCGUAAUUCAAGAUCAGUGAUCUCAAUGUUUUUAACACUUUGUAACAUUUUUAACGUUAAAACAUUGAGUUCACUGAUCUUGAAUUAUGCUGAGUUGAUUUUGCUAAUUAGCUUUUUCAAUUAAAAUGGUUGUAAUCAUUCACAAGGCAAUAGACAAUAGUUAAACUUACAAAUCUCACUUUAUUAGUCUAUAGUUGCUCUUCCUUUGCCAGUGGUUAAAAGGAAAAUGGAUGCUCAGUAUAGUUAAAGAAUGUAGCCGGCAGUGAACCUCGUAAAACCUGCUGGAGCUCUGCUGGCUUGUUUUGAAAGCCCUGAUAGUCUCCCUACUAAAAUGAAUGAUUAGUCCUACUAUAUAAUAAUAUAAUAACAUAUAAUAACAUUUAAUAUCCAUCUUUGGUUAGAAAAGUACAAUGGAUUUACAAGAAGUGCUAAGGUUAAAAUUGAUAAGAAGAAAUUUUACUAUUAUUUACAUCAAUGUUGCUAAAAAUGUUUAUACCAGUUAUAUAUUCUAUAAAAUUAAUUUAGGACUGUUUUAAAAGGGAUAUAGCUCUAGGUAUAAAGGAUUGCCGGUGUCUUUUAGUAUACGAUACAACAUAUGGUAGAUUAUUAGUUGUUCUUAGAUCGUGUUAAUGUGUAAAAGGUUGGGGCAUAAGUUUAUUACAUGGGUUGGUCGGAUCACUUAGAAUUCUUUGGUAUUCCUUAACAGUUAGGUGUGCCCUUUGUUCUAGCGUUUCAAAGUUGCACCGAGAUGUGCCGAGGAUUUUGAUGCAUCUGUUUUGAAUGCUCUCUACUGUAGUAUAAAUCGGGUCAAUGUGUGCCCCUUGCGAAAUCCAGUCAGAUUUAUAUUUGUUUUCUUGUCUAAUCCCGUACUCAAAAUCCGACUGCGUUUCAUAGAUUCCAGAGGAGAGCGGUACAGUGAGAUCUGCAAUCUGGGGUCCUAACGUGGCCGAGGAAAGAUCAGUGUUGGUCGGAACAACGAAAAAUUGCAUCUUGCAAGGAACAUUUGAGGAAGAUAAUAAGCAAUUCCAUUACUUGACCAAGGUGAAUUUAUAAUAGUGUAUUUGGCUUCAGUGGCGCACUCGUUUGAGCAAGCGCGCUAGAAGGUCAGUUCGGGGCUUAUCCCAACCCACCCCGUCAUUCCCGGAGAAAACCUAUGACUUUCGGUAAAGCGUUGACCGACUCUUGUCACAUAAUUGCCGUGAGUCCGCAGAGAGAAUGAAACCCUUGACCUGAGUGGCAAAGUGGUCUGUGCCUUUCGAUCAGACAUUACAUGUCAUAAGGUGGCUGGCAGAGGCGCCCAUAGAAAGCCUUGAUCAGGUUGAGCUGCAUCCUUCGUAAUUCAGCUUAGCUCUUAGCUGCAAGUGAGGAUGAUUAGCACCCACGUACUAUUUUUUUAUACUGUUUAUUGAUAAUGUGCAGGGCUCAGUAUAACGGGAGACAGGUAUCCAGUCUCAAAAGAUUUUAGCUCGGUCAAAAUCUGUUUUUGACCGGUCAUUGAUACGCUUGAAACAAACUAUUAGAAACUUGUUUCGAUACGUCAUAGUUUCAUGUUUUAAUUCAAGACGUAAGCAAUCACAUUGGAAGGCAUGAAAAUGUGGCUUGUCAAAAUGACCGGUGAGGUAAAAAAAGUGACCGCUCAAGAGGCACUUUAGCCGGUCAUUGUCCGUUGACCGGUCGUUAUUUUGAGCCCUGAUGUAAGCAUAGAAUGAAACAAUUGGGGCAAUCAAAUUACAUGUGUGAGUGAAUUGAGCGGCAACAGAACUUAUUUGGUUUGUCUUGUUACAAUUUUUCUUGAAAUAUACACUAACAUUGAAAUAUGAACGUUUCAGGGUCAUUCUGAAGAAACGUGGGGUCUCUGUGUUCAUCCAUCCAAGCCAUUGUUUGUGACAUGUGGUUAUGAUAAGAUGUUGUGUUUAUGGAACUCUGAAGACAAGUCUUUGGUCUGGGCUAAACAGCUCGAGGUGUGUAACAAGUUGAACAAGUUUGUAUGCAUGGUCAUAAGUAUAGCGUUUUCCCCUACAAUGUGUAUAUGGCCAUGGACAUCUCAUCUUGCUUGUGGCUUUAAACCCUGGGCAAAGUACAAUAGGAAACGCUGUUGCAGGAGAAAGACGCCUCAUAGGGUAGCCAUGUUUCCAGAGGGUGGGCAAACCAAGAAAGAUUGUUUUCUAGCCAUGUUUCCCGAAGGUUGGCAAAGCCGGUAACAUUGUUUCGUAUGCAUAUUUCUUCAAGGUGGGUAAACUACGAAACAUUGUUUCCUGGCCAUGUUUCCUGAAGAUGGGCAGACCAGGAAACCUCGUGAUUCGUUGCCUAGGCAUGUUUCCUGAAGUUGCAGACACCAUGUUUCCCUACGGUGGGCAAACCAGGAAACCUAACCAUUUAGGAAACAGAAUGUUUCUGAAUUUGAUAAGAAACAUUUUUCUUUAAUGGGAAUCAAAUUUUGUUUAUGCUGUAAUGUUUCCUAGUUUUCCGUUUGACAUUCACUUUGAUUAGUUUGACUACAAUUAGUCAUUCCGAAGUUGAUGAGUGGACUGGGGACGAGUGUUAAAAAGUGCCCAAAUUACGAAAUGAACCAAAUCACUAAAAAGACCACCUCAAAAUUAGUAAGUAUACAAAGUUUGAAGACGUUUACAUGAAUACCCUUCGAAUAAUAAGCUUUCGAAAAUUAUGAAAUUACUGAUUAAAAGACUGUUUUUGGGGACGCGCGUCCCCAAUAACAAAAAUUACAGAACAUUUCAUAGUAAAUGUCGCGAUUUUCGAAGGCUUAUUAUUCGAAGAGUAUUCGUGCAAAUGUCUUCAAACUUUGUAUACUUACUAAUUUUGAAGUGGUCUUUUUGAUGAUUUGGUUCAUUUCUUAAUUUGGGCACUUUUUAGCAUUCGUCCCCAGUCCUCUCAUCAACUUCGGAGUGGCUAAUUCUAGUCAUGAUGAAAUGUUUCAGGACCAACUUCAGUCAGUAUGUAUUCAUCCAAAUGGCAACCUCCUGGCUGUGGCUACACAGAACAACAAAUUUCAAGUUCUUGAUGCUGAUACUGGUGAAGAAUUUUAUAGCUGUGAGGUCGGUUCAGAACAACAUGAUUGCAUCAAGUACUCUCCUGGUAAGAAUUUUUUCACGAGGUCAUACACAAGUUUGAUUAUAAUUUCACCUAAAGCCCGGAUAGAACGAGGAUGAGAGUGCAUGAGAGUUGGCAGUCACGUGAUCUUGGUUAGAUGUUCUUAAUGUUUUCUCAACACUAUCAUGUAUUCUAUUUAAGUUAAAGGACAAUGGCAACAAAAUUUUUUAUUGUCUAUAUUAAAAGUGUUGCUUCAUCUAACUAUAAAUAUGAUAUUAAUACCGUGUCAAACAUUUUUGUUCAGGAGUUAUAAGCAUGUUAUUUCACUGUUAAUUUAUAUAUCGUCGGCCAUCUUGGCUCGUAUUUGCGAAAAAUUAUCUUUAGGGUAAUAUGACCCGUAUGACGUAGAUGGCAGGGUAGAAUCAAAACAACAAUAUAUUUUUGUAUAGCGUGUAUCGAGAUUUAAUACGUUUUCUCAAAAAGUUAAUGCUUUUGAGUCAUUUUAAUGGAAAUAUUCACGAGAACCAAGUAGGAGAAGUGUUAUCAUACCAAUAUGAACCAGAAGUAGGAGAAAAACAAGCGAUAUUUUAAUUUUGGGGUAGGUAUAAAUAUAAGACCUCUACAUGCGUCUUGGACCUUUGGUUUGUGGCUUACUUAUAAUCAUUUAUUUAAUGGGUUUCUUUUAUUUUCAACGGUGUAUUGAAUGUAGACCAUGCCGUUAAAUAUUGUAUAUUAGGUGCACGCGUAUGCGUGCCGCGUGCGCUGUUUUGUGUCUUUUUAUGUCAAUCCAUUGUAGAAAUAGUAUACCGCAAUUGAAGCUAGUAUGUACUGUAAGUAAAGUUAUUACUUGGCAACGCUUCCCUUUUCAAUUGUAUUCUAAACGUUUCAUUGCACUGUAUUCGUUUUAAAAACUUUGGCGACUGUCCUUGUUCAUACGCGUCUUCGGCAAAAUGAAGUGAGCAUAUAGUCUAGUCACAUCGUGAUUCGUGGCGACGAUGGUUUAAUGCUUUGCGCUUAUACAGAAUUCAAUCCACGCUUUUCUCCUAUAUUGCUGAUCUACCGAUUUGCCCUUUGGAAAAUUGAAGAAACAGAUUUCACUUGUGUGUUGGCUGUUCUAUCACCAUACGUUUUACAUGAACAAUCUAUAUAUUUUCGUUAUUCAAGCCGUACUCAGAACUGAUAUCUGAUCAUGACUAUAUAUAAUAUUUGCAAUUUCGGUAAUAUAUAUAUAUUCCCACACGUGAAUUUAGGAUAUUUUACAUAACAAUGAAAAUAUUGAUAAUAUUGGGAACUAUACACUACAGUACAUGCAUAUAUUUACCUAUAUAAAAUGAGAACCAAGUAAAACUACAUGUAAAAAUACAUCACAACAUAUAAUCAGAUUAUAGUUAUUUUACACUUAUCUCUUGUCUGGGAAAAUCCCAUACUGACCUUGAAUGUCAAUUUACUAAUUUGCGCAAUGUCUAACUUGCGCGACACUACACAUUACAGAAGAGGCAAAUCUUUUUUGUGAGAUAACAGCUAUUCCACUAGCAUAGCAAUGUCGUUUGAAAGCCUGCUUAGUUUUAAAAACAAUUAAUAGUUGUGAAAUCUGAAGCUAGAAUUAUCCACUGCAACAUUGUUUCCGCCAGUUAAUUGGUUGAAUUAUUUUUGUAUUAAUAAUAAUAACAACACUUUGAAACACUAAAUACUCAGUAGAAUCUUUUAUUUCAAUGCAAAUUAUUUAUAUAUUUCUGCAACAGAGCAUGCACAUACGUAAAUGUAUAUGCUAUACAUAUAUACUUACUUUUGGAAUAUAUGAUAUAUGUAAUUGGAACAGCAGAACUACCAUAACCGGAGUCAUGUCUAAGCGCAUUUUACAACGCAAAUAUACGCUUACUGUCGAAAACACAAUCACAGACCAUUGGUAGCAAGUUGCUACACAUUAUUGAACUAUGAAUAAACGUUGCAACGUAUCUGUAUUUUUUUUGUAAACAUUUUCUUCCAAAUCUCAACGUUGUUACAGUGUAACUUAUACUGCGGGAUUUGCGUUUACCCUGCCAUCUACGUCACGAAAUGUAUUCAUGCAUAAAUUAGCAUACGGCGGAUGGCGGACGACUGUUAAAGAUGGCGGACGACUGUUAAAAUUAGCAGAUGGCGGACGACUGUUAAAAUUUGUUAAACAUUUUCGCAAAUUAUCUGAACUAAAUGCAAUGGACAAACAAAAAUAUGAAAUUAAGUAUUCCAUUAGUAAGCUUAAUAAAUACAGACAAUAAAAAAAUUUGUUGCCAUUGUCCUUUAAAGUACAUGUUCGUUGUAAUCAACCUCACUCCCAGGCUCCCUCCUCUACCCUUUUGCCAAUCUCGUUCCCCGAGCCUGCGAUCCUCGGGAAGGAACGCGAGGCUCUGGGAUAAUCCGUUUCAGGGAGGAAUCUGAUUGGCCAUUGAAAUGGAAUGCGUAGUUCAAUCUUAGCCAGGAUUCUUGGCUUCCGGUAACGGAUUAUCCCAGAGCCUUCGAUUCCUUCCCGAGGAUCGCAGGCUCGGGGAACGAGAUUGCCCUUUUGCAGUAACCAUGUUCAAGAUUUUUACGCCGCUUCAGUAUUUAUGUAGGAUCGAACAUGUAAUCUAAAAGAUAAAUUUUGGCACUAACGCCCGUAUUCUAAAAGCACACUCGCACUCAAUGAGCGGAGGUUAAAUCUGAGCUUCUCUUGAUGCUGUUUUUGAAUAGCUGGAGGGCGAGUAGUCACCGAGUAAGGUAUGACACUAGCCCUCCAGCUAUUCAAAAACAGCAUUGGCACUCAAGAGAAGCUCAGAUUAAACCUCCACUCAUUGAGUGUGAGUGUGAGUGAGCUUUUAGAAUACGGGCGUAAGAUUAUUAGAAUUGGUGAAGUAGAACCAAUGUUGUGGCUGUUUAAAGUAAGGGGUCACCAAACCUGUUAAUAUAUACUGAACACAGUCCAUGUAUUAUUUCAAUGACCUACAUGCAUGCAUAUGUACUGGAUGAACCAGUGUAUAGAACUGGAUGGAGCACUCAUCAAACAUUUGUUUUCUUAAUCAAGAGAUUGGAAUGUCCCCAGUAACAAUGCGUGUCUGCCAACUCUCAUCUUCGUUUAUCCUUAAGUCUCACGUGAGAAGAAUGCUUUCAGUUUCGGUCUGCCAAACCCCGCAGGUUCUCCCCGGGAAAUCCGGUAUCCUCCUGCAGAAACACUGCACCAGUGAAGGGACCUCGAUGGGGAACAGUUUAGAACUGGUACAGUGUAUCCAGUAUAAAUAAAUUUAGUUAAGUUUAGGUUUCCUCCUGUGGUAACACUGGAUCAAGAAGGAAUGCCCAUUACUGGACUUCGAAGGAGAACUGUUUAGAACUGGUUGAGCUACAUCUAGUAUAAAUCAAGUUAGUUUAGUAAAGGUUUCCUCCUAACUGGAUCUCGUUUGAGAACAGUUUAGAACUGCUAGAGCUAUCCAGUAUAAAUAAAGUUAGUUUAGGUUUCGUCCUGUAGCUACUAACACUGGAUUAAGAAGGAAUGGCAUUUAUAAACUGGACCUCGAUGGAGAACUGGUAGAGCUAUAUCCAGUAUAAAUAAAGUUAGUUUAGUUUAGGUUUCCUCCUGUAGUAACACCGGACCAAGAAGGAAUGCCCGUUGCUGCACCUCGAGAGAGGACAGUUUAGAAGUGAUAGAGAUACAUCCAGUGUAAAUAGAGUUUAUUUCAGUUGUAGUUUAUUUUACAAGAAGUACUUUAGCCUCAUUAUUUCGUUAUUAUAUCUAAACUGUAUGUGGUUCCAGAUGGAUGUUAUCUCGCAGUUGGCUCUCACGAUAAUUUCAUCUAUCUGUUUACUGUGAGCGAGGAUGGAAAACAAUACAAAAAGCACGGACGGUUGUCCGGUCACUCCAGUUACAUCACGCAUCUUGAUUGGUCCAAAGACAGUCAACAUCUGCAAAGCAAUUCUGGAGACUAUGAGAUCCUCUAUUGUAAGUCGUCUCAAUGUUAAAGUGUGAUUAACCCCAAAUAUAAUUUUUGGUAUGUGUAAUAUUUGGGUCAUUCUAAGAAGAAAUGUAAUAUAUCUUUAUAGUAAAAAACAUCAUCUUGGUCAACUUUUCACUGUCAAAGUUUCCAGAUAUGAGGUCGUUAGGUGAAUUUUUGGUACAAAAAGAAAGGAAAACUAAUUUGCAAUUCACCCAAUGACAUCAUAUCCGGAAACUUUGACAGUGAAAAAGUUGAUCAAGAUGGAAUUUUUUAUUAUAAAGAUAUUACAUUUCUUCGAAUGACCCAAAUAUUACACGUACAAAAAAUCAUAUUUGGGGUUAGUCCCACUUUAAACGUCGCUUAGUCAGUCAUUAUUCUUCGAAGCCACCAAUCGACAACACCUCUACACACUAUUUUUCUUCAGGGCAAGCAAAAGAUUGCAAGCAAGUUUCAUCAGGAUAUUCAAUGAGAGAUACUGAAUGGGAUACUUGGUCUUGUGUGCUAGGGUUUCCUGUGCGAGGUAUGCUGCAACUGUAUAGACUAUUAAUUGUCGAGUAAUUUAAUAAGAUUUAACGGAAUAAUAGAUACUUCCCGAAUUUAACAGUUGAAGGUUUUUUGUAGGUGGAUAUUUCGAUACAAUUCUCAGACCUAACCAGGACCUGCUGCGAAAAUUGCUGUAUUUAUGCUAGUUUGCGGCCGGUUGUAGUCCCUCAACCAGGAAUCUGUAGUCUGUGGCUGAGUUGGUUGGAGCGUAACCUGCGAUCAGGCCUAUAAAUAAAUAAAUACUCCUGAUACAAACGUUAACAAAAGUCCAUGCCGUACAACCGUAUUUCGGUUGUAAAUCUGAUUGGUCUAUGAGAUUUUUUAAUCUGUCAUUUAAUUGGUUGGUGCUAAUCAGAUUAUACUAUUGUUGUUGAUAUAUUUUAUAGUGAUCACAACUAUAAUUAGAUUGUUGUUGUUGACUUGUUGUGUGAAACUUAAAUUUCUCCCUUGAUUGGAUACUAAAUAUACACUUUGCUGUGGAAAGCGAUCGGAUUAAGGUUUGCGUCAGGCUAUAUUUUUAAAAUAGAGCCUGAUCUGAGGUUAGUUAGAGCGCCUCACCGAAAUCGAGGUGCCGCAGGCUCGAUUUCUACCAGAAUUAGCAUCUACAAAAAGUCUUCAACCGUUAGCUCUAUCGAGCGAGAGAUGCCCAAAAAUCUUCAUACUUCCCGAAUGGACCUAUUCCCUAAUGAACAAAAUUUUGAUAUAGACAAGUCUGGACAAAAAUGAAAGAGCAUCACAAAAUUAGUAAUAUUUCUAAGUUUCGUUGCGAAAUGUCGUAAAAUGCGGAUAAUAUAGCCCUGAGAAGUUUGCCGUUUUUCAGUCAUUUUGUAUUACGCACGGGAAAUUGAUGCCUUUUUUCAGAAAGCGGUAUCAAUUUCCGCGCGUAAUACAAAAUGACUGAAAGACUGCAAACUUCGCAGGGCUAUAUUCGCAUUUUACAACAUUUCGCAACGAAACAUCGAAAUAUUACUAAUUUUGUGAUGCUCUUUCAAGCUGUGAUGAAAUUUUUGUCCAGACUUGUCUAGAUCAAAAUUUUGUUCAUUAGGGAAUAGGUCCAUUUGCAUGAGUGUAUACAGGCAACAUCGACAGUGCCACCCCAUUAUUUUUGCCACCCAAAAUCGUGGAUUUCUUGGUAUGACGUAAUAUUCUCGCGUGACCGCAAAACCUGAAUAUGUAUACUUUUUUACAGGAAUUUGGCCCGAAGGUGCUGAUGGGACGGAUAUUAAUACAUGCAUCAGAUCACACAGUGCCCAAUACCUUGUCAAUGGUGAUGAUUCUGGCGCCUUGAACAUCUUUACAUAUCCAUGUACUAAGCUCAAGGCAAGUUUAUUCUUGGUGUUUAAGCAUGGUUCACACUAGCAAUUUUGUCGCCGAUUUUGUGCUUCUGACGGAUGCAAAUGAGUGAACUCGAACACAAAAAUAUAGAGUCGCUUUUCAGAAGUAAACAAUUCUAAGUCUUUUGCAUGUCAUUCAGUCGAUCACAUUUGCCAGGAGGAGAAAAAUCGCCGACAGAAUGGAGGAUUCCAGCUGUAGAUUUAAUUUUGAUCUAGACAAGAAAAAUGAAAUCCAUCACCACAGCUAGAAAGAGCACAACCCAUUGAACUAUAAAUAAACUGGAAGGCUAACUGCUAUGAUGAAGGCCUAUGAUUUGAUGAAGCCAAAAUAGUUUUUCUGAGUUAUGAGCAGAAAUACUUGAUCCCAAACGUCGGGCUAUAUAUCAAAUUGAAGCUAUUGAAAAUUGCUAUUCGCUGUGGAAAUUUCAAGACUUCAGCGAAAAGAAAAAUAUUUAAAAAAUACAAAAACAACUGCAAAACGGCAAAUUAUCGGUAAUUAUGUUUGUAGUUUUUCAAUAUUUCCCUUUUAGCUAAAGUCUUGAAAUUUCUACACCAAAUAGCGUUUUUCAAUAGCUUCAAUUUGAUAUAUAGCCCAACGUUCAGUGUUGAGUAUUUCUGCUCAUAACUCAGAAAAACUUAAAUGCACUGGCUUCAAUUUCCCCCCCUGAGUUAGCCUUCCAGUUUAUUUAUAGUUCAAUGGCACAACCUCGUUCCCAGGCUCUUUCCUCUUGUGGAGAAAGAGCAUCUUACAAUUAGUAAAAUUGCAAAGUUUGGUUGCGAAAUUUUAGAAAAUGCGGAAAAUAUAGCCCUGGGAAAUUUUCGAAUUUGAGUCGAAUGUGGUGCAUUUUCCCGUGCGUAAUACUUCAUAAAUAUAAAACAUUUUCCGUGUUGAUAUACAGUUAUAUCAACACGAGUGGAAAUUGGGAAAACGAGAAGUUGUGUGGAAACACGACACGACGCCCGAAGGGCGGAGUGUUUUCACACAAUUUCGAGUUUUCCCAAUUUCCACGAGUGUUGAUAUAACUAUAUAUCAAUAUGGAAAAAAUGUUUUAUAUUUGUUUUAUAAUAUAGCACAAAGAAAUAUAAAGAAAGAAAUUUUCCGACGUUUCCGUGUUGACAUUGAGUUAUAUCAACACGGCUAUUAGCCAAUCAGCAUUCAGAAUUUACAAAUGCUAUAUUAUAAUUAACAAAUAUAAAAUGUGCAAAUUUCGCAGGGUUUUCGUUCUUUCUGCCUGGAUUAAAAUUUAGUAUAAAGCUGGAAUCAUCUAUUGCUAAUGUGAACCAGGCUUAAACAUUAAGUAAGUUCCCUCGAACAUUUCUCACAAAUCCUUCAAAACUUAGAAUUUACCGAUGCAAAAUUCCUGUACUGUGAUCACAGAAACGUUGAUAGUGUGAACCAGGCUUAAACAUUAAGUAAGUACUAAGUUCCCUCAAACAUUUCUCACAAAUCCUUCAAAACUUAGAAUUUACCGAUGCAAAAUUCCUGUACUGUGAUCACAGAAACGUUGAUAGUGUGAACCAGGCUUAAACAUUAAGUAAGUACUAAGUUCCCUCAAACAUUUCUCACAAAUCCUUCAAAACUUAGAAUUUACCGAUGCAAAAUUCCUGUACUGUGAUCACAGAAACGUUGAUAGUGUGAACCAGGCUUAAACAUUAAGUAAGUACUAAGUUCCCUCAAACAUUUCUCACAAAUCCUUCAAAACUUAGAAUUUACCGAUGCAAAAUUCCUGUACUGUGAUCACAGAAACGUUGAUAGUGUGAACCAGGCUUAAACAUUAAGUAAGUACUAAGUUCCCUCAAACAUUUCUCACAAAUCCUUCAAAACUUAGAAUUUACCGAUGCAAAAUUCCUGUACUGUGAUCACAGAAACGUUGAUAGUGUGAACCAGGCUUAAACAUUAAGUAAGUACUAAGUUCCCUCAAACAUUUCUCACAAAUCCUUCAAAACUUAGAAUUUACCGAUGCAAAAUUCCUGUACUGUGAUCACAGAAACGUUGAUAGUGUGAACCAGGCUUAAACAUUAAGUAAGUACUAAGUUCCCUCAAACAUUUCUCACAAAUCCUUCAGAACUUAGAAUUUACCGAUGCAAAAUUCCUAUACUGUGAUCACAGAAACUUUGAUAGUGUGAACCAGGCUUAAACAUUAAGUAAGUUCCCUUAAACAUUUCUCACAAAUCCUUCAAAACUUAGAAUUUACCGAUGCAAAAUUCCUACUGUGAUCACAGAAACUUUGAUAGUGUGAACCAGGCUUAAACAUUAAGUAAGUUCCCUCGAACAUUUCUCACAAAUCCUUCAAAACUUAGAAUUUACCGAUGCAAAAUUUCUACUGUGAUCACAGAAACUUUGAUAGUGUGAACCAGGCUUAAACAUUAAGUAAGUUCCCUUAAACAUUUCUCACAAGUCCUUCAAAACUUAGAAUUUACCGAUGCAAAAUUCCUACUGUGAUCACAGAAACUUUGAUAGUGUGAACCAGGCUUAAACAUUAAGUAAGUUCCCUUAAACAUUUCUCACAAAUCCUUCAAAACUUAGAAUUUACAGAUGCAAAAUUUCUACUGUGAUCACAGAAACUUUGAUAGUGUGAACCAGGCUUAAACAUUAAGUAAGUUCCCUCAAACAUUUCUCACAAAUCCUUCAAAACUUAGAAUUUACAGAUGCAAAAUUUCUACUGUGAUCACAGAAACUUUGAUAGUGUGAACCAGGCUUAAACAUUAAGUAAGUUCCCUCAAACAUUUCUCACAAAUCCUUCAAAACUUAGAAUUUACAGAUGCAAAAUUUCUACUGUGAUCACAGAAACUUUGAUAGUGUGAACCAGGCUUAAACAUUAAGUAAGUUCCCUCAAACAUUUCUCACAAAUCCUUCAAAACUUAGAAUUUACAGAUGCAAAAUUUCUACUGUGAUCACAGAAACUUUGAUAGUGUGAACCAGGCUUAAACAUUAAGUAAGUUCCCUCAAACAUUUCUCACAAAUCCUUCAAAACUUAGAAUUUACAGAUGCAAAAUUUCUACUGUGAUCACAGAAACUUUGAUAGUGUGAACCAGGCUUAAACAUUAAGUAAGUUCCCUCAAACAUUUCUCACAAAUCCUUCAAAACUUAGAAUUUACAGAUGCAAAAUUUCUACUGUGAUCACAGAAACUUUGAUAGUGUGAACCAGGCUUAAACAUUAAGUAAGUUCCCUCAAACAUUUCUUACAAAUCCUUCAAAACUUGGAAUUUAGUAAUUUACUUAUGCAAAAUUCCUACUGUGAUCACAGAAACUUUGAACCAGGCAGUUGACCAUCAUCUGCUGCACGAUAGUGCUUAGUGAAACCACAGAUGAAACUCGUGACCUAUUUUUCACUUAAUUUCUAGUCUACACCCAAUGUCGGCCGCGGUCAUAGUUCCCAUGUAACCGCUGUGGGUUUCCUAGCAACGGAUUCUCAUGUCGUCAGCACAGGAGGCAAGGACAAUACCGUCAUGCAAUGGAAGCUUGAAAGCUAAGUAUUGCGUCACCGUAACUGUGAGUAUCAUGAAGUAAAACAAUCGUAGCAUAGAUAUGCUUUGAAUAUGUAUAGUAUCGCUGGGAAUGGGAAUAUACUAGAAUUUGCAUCUAUUACAUUUAUACAACGACUGUUACAUUUAUACAUCAUUUAAGCGGGCGGAAGUUAAUUAGCUAAAUCUUUUCGACAUAAUCGCAGCUAGUCUUCUAGGAAAAAAUACUGACAGAACAUAUACGAUAAAUAUAGUCAAUUAAUCCAUCACGUAUUAGAAUACGUUAUAGUUUUUUCAAAUUUUUCUCGAUGACCUAAAAGAUAGAAAAUGGCGAAUUAUAAUUGUGGCGCGUGAUUGUAAUUUCGUAUUCAAUGUAUUAAACGUAGUUAGCAUUCAAUAAAAUUUGUAUGGUGUUAUUUUUCGAUAAGAUAAAUGAAACGUAUAUUUAUGCAGUCCCGUGCUCAUAAGUAACAUACAAUCACUUAUGGUUGGAGCUCGAAAACUGCAUGGGCUCUGUAGCUCAGCUGGUUAGAGCGCUGCAUGACCAGAAUCGGAGGGCCGCAGGUUCAAUUCCUGUCAGGGGCCUAUAGUUACAUUUUUCUCUUCUGUUCCUGGUUAGGUGUAAUAAAUGUAUAUAAAUUUCCACUCGAUAAUUUCCAUCUACAAGACGCUUCAACUAUUAUUCAAUUGAGUGUGAUGCCAACAAAAUCUCGAUAUUUACCCAUAACCUAAACAUG